AUGUUGUCCCGAAAGCAGAGACGUCAGUCGAGCGUCAAGAUGAGUACGGUGGUGAGUGACGUGGCAAAAGAACCGAGUUCAAACCACUAUGACCCUCAUUCUGACGCAAAAAACAAACGAAUUCGGCAUCGAGUGAAAAACGACUGAAAUUCGUCCGAUUCCAGUUUGAUUCCGCUCCGCGCCGCCUAUUUUGCAUAUGUUUUCCAUGUCGUCGUCGCUCUUUCAUUUUCGAUACGAACAACUUUGUAUUACCCCCACUCGAGUGUUAUGAUAUUCCCUAUCGGCUUCCCGAUGUCCCGCACUAAAAAACGGGAGGUAAUGGAUGGGAAAACAGACGGGAUUCUUGAGAAGAACAACAUUGAGUUUCAGAGUGCUCAGGAGGCUGUUUCUUUGCGCGAAGCAGCGGAACGACGGUCCCAAUUCGCGCGGUUCCCGGCACGUUCCGUCUCCGCACCGCCCCGCAAAAAGUGGUUCCGAUCGAAGCAGCAACUAGCAGGUGAGCAUCUUACUUUCCUUUCUCUCUCCCUCUCUCCCUUUUUCUUUCACUCUGAUUCGCAUGGUACUCGUCGUCUUCUGAACUUGUCACUCAUUUCACAUUAAGUCGGGUACUUCUAUCACUCCAUCUUCCGUUUCCCAUUCCAUUCUCAUUUUCCUGUUCCUUCAAACGUUUCCUUUCCUUCUGGCAAUUCCAGUUUUUUCCUCACCGGUCGCAUACUUUAUUACAUUCCAAAAAAGAGCCAUCAAGUGGCAUUUGAGGCCGCCCAUUCUUUUUUGUUGUAAAAAGGCGCUUGACAAGCUUAUGUAUUCUGUUUUCAAUUCUGUCUAACGUCGUUGAAUUCGGUGAGUUCAGAUAGAAAGGCAAAGAUUUGAUCUGACUGACGUCGGCACGUUUUCCAUCCAUACAUCUUCCUCCUCCUUCUCCUUCUCCUCCUCCAUUCUUUUCCAUUCUGUCCCCUGUCAAAAGUGACGAUUUGUCAGGCGCCACCGAUGGAAUGGACGGCUCGUCGCGCGCCGGCUCUCAGGAGGUCGUCUGCGAUGAAUUCACCAAGAAACUGGUGGCGGCGAUCACCACGUGGCACGACAUCCACUCCUCUCUUCUGCAGUUGUCCAUCGGUGAGCAUCCUGCACCCGCUUUUGCAUGCGCCUACCGAAAGAGUUCUCCUUCUAACCGAGCAUCCAGCAUGUCCUUCUCCCACUCACUCGAAAACAUCUCUUGAUAGCAGUCUAUUCAUUCCGAGUGUCCUAAAUGGAGCAGAAACACAUUCUGAUAAGGCGAGAAGCAAACAAUCGGUGCUCCCCCUACAGUACCGGUCCCUGAUGCUUCCGCACGCCCUUCCGCGCCGACGACGACUUCCCCGUUUUGUUGUUGUUACCUCUCCGCCCGCACGUUUGCCCUUCCUCCUCAUUCUUCCACUGUCAUCAGAAUCCUGACGUCAAAUGUGUCCUUCGCCGUCCAUUCUUUCUUUCUUUCCCCGCAGUUUGCCAACGCCGCCGCUUCAUGCCGCUCAUUGCGGAUGCGCAUUUUUAUGCGCGCAUCAUCGUCAAAGAUUUUCAUUAGUUAAUGAAAAGAGCAACAGAAGACGUCGCAAGGGCUUCUGGAAGACGCGCUUUACGACCGUGUCGUUGAGAAAAUAAUUCAACAAACAUUUCCGAAAUUCACGUUUCCACGCAGAAACCGAAAACUUUGAAUUUAAUUUGGUUUGCAGAACGCUCGUCGAACGAUUCGAACGAAGACGACAAUGUUUCGGAGUCUUCUGAAUCCUCGUGGUCUUCUGAAUCCGGAUCCGAUUCUGACGAUGAGAACGGAACGAAAGGGAGCUGCAGCAACCAUUUGUCCGCUGCGGCCGCCCGUUUCUCCAUCUCCAAUCCUGAUUUGACCAACUGUCAGAUCAAGCAAAUGUUUCCAGAAAUGGCCGAUCAUUGGAGGUAUUGA